AAAUUGAAACUGCUAUAUGAGAGAGAGAAAUUAAAAGAGUUCAUUCAAUACUUCUUGUUUGUUUCCUCUUCAGCACUUGUUUAUAUGUUCAAUCACCCACCACCCUCAACGAUCACACCUUUCAAGCAAGAAAUUCUCAUAUUUCCAAAAUGGAAUUUCAGAAGCAUCAUGAGGAAGCUGAGCUUGGGCUGCCCACAGCAGUAGCAGCAACGAGCUAUGAAGAGUUUGGAAUGCCACUGAAUCACGGCGAACAAGAGCCAGUGGUGGAAGUGGUACCAAUGGCGGUGCCAAUGGCGGUUCCAGUGGCACCACCCACCAACAUUGUGGCCCAAAACAGUGGCAAGGGAAAGUACCAAGAAUGCCUCAAGAACCAUGGUGUCUCAAUCGGUAAACACAUUAUCGACGGCUGCAUCGAGUUCCUGCCGGGGGGUGAGGAGGGCACCCUGGAAGCGCUAAAAUGCGUUGUGUGCAGCUGCCACCGAAACUUCCAUCGUAAGGAGACCCACGACACCUACUCAGUGCCCUUCCACCACCACCACCCACCGCUGCAACCCCCAGUGCCAUUUGCAGCUUACUAUCGUGCCCCGCCGGGGUACCCACACAUGACGGGGCACCAACGUGCCAUGCUGGCACACCCGUCCUUGUCAGGAGGAGGUGGGCCCCAGCCCCCCUUGGAAGACCUGGAGGACUCAGACCCUACGAGUGGUGCCACCACUCAUGAUGGGUCUGGGUCGAGCAGCAAAAAACGCUUCAGGACCAAAUUUACCCAGCAUCAGAAAGACAAGAUGUUGGUCUUCGCUGAGAAACUCGGGUGGAGGAUGCAAAAGAAUGAUGACAGCGUCGUGCAAGAGUUUUGCUCCGAAAUCGGUGUUCAACGUCAUGUGCUAAAGGUGUGGAUGCAUAAUAACAAGCACACCUUAGGUAAGAAGCCCUAGAGGCUAGAAGGAAAAAAUAAAUCCACCCAUUUUCACUCUUUCUCUUUCUCUCUCUCUCUCGCUAUAAAUAUAUAUGCUUCUAUGUUUUUAGUUACCAUAACAAUAAUAACAACCAUCAUUCCAAGCUAGAAGCUCAACGUUGAAGCCUGGGAGAUUGCGUUGCUGAAUGUCUAAUAAGUCUGCUCAUGCUAGCUGGUCAAGACAUUAGUUCUUAGGGUUUUUUUCUCUUUAUGCUCACCUUGUUUAAUUUUAAUUUCUUAGGACAUGGGAGAAGGGUGGGGGUAUUUUCGGUAAUCCAUUUGGUUAUGUUGGUUGGUAUAAUGUUUGAGGAUCCAUGAUUCUAAUUCCAACAACAUUGUUGUUGGUGAACUGGUUUACUUGGUUCUGAAUAUCAAUCGACGGUGUUUGUUUUUCUUA